AUGGAAGAUAUGAAGGAAAUCCUAUUAGCAGGGCCAUAUACUAUCAGUAACAGACCAGUGAUUCUUAAACAAUGGACAACAGACUUUGAUUUUGAGAAGGAAUUUCCUACAGAGAUUCCUCUAUGGGUUAGAUUUCCAAAACUUCCAUUGAACUGUUGGGGAAAGAACUCAUUACGUAGGAUUGCAAGCUCUAUAGGUACUCCUAUGUAUGCUGAUGAAUGUACUGCCAAACAAAUGAGAGUUUCCUAUGCUAGAAUGUUAAUUGAGGUAGAUGUGACAAAGCCUCUAAAAGAAGAGAUAAGGGUGGAGGAUCCAAAUGGGAAAACAUUUCUACAAUCCAUUAUCUAUGACUGGAAACCAAAAUUCUGUGAAAAAUGUCAAACCAUUGGGCAUGACUGUAAACAGGAAAGAGGGAGGCAGAUUCAAAUGAAUAAAAGAAUGAACAGAGAAAACCAAAGAGAGUAG